AUGGCCAAGGAACGGAUCAGCUCGGAGGAGCUGGCGCAGCGCAAGGAGGAGUAUUAUGAACUGCUGGCCACUAGCGACAGCUCCCUUCAAGACGUGCUGAACCAGAGGGGCGGACUGAUACUUGCCCGUGUCGGACGCUACCAGCCCUGGCCAGCGAGGUUUAGCGAGCCCGGGGAAUUCGCCAAAAUGGCGCGAUAUCGCGCUAAGAAGGGCCAGGCGUGUGUCUACUUCUUUGGCAGCAGGAACUACGGAUGGGUCUCGAAAUCGUCCAUCCAGCCCUUCCCAGAAGACCUGUCGACGCUUACAGCGUCGAAUAAAUACAACCAGCAGCACAUCCAAGAAGCGCUGGACGAGGCGAAGCUCGUUAUGGACGUGACGGACGAAACGGGCAAGCGCUUCUUCGACCGCAUCAUGGAGCGCAGGGAAGAGGCGGUAGAUCUGCCGUGUGAGCGCUGUAACCGAGUGGACGACCACUACUCGCUUCUGAUUCUUUGCGACGGAAAGAAUUGCAAGCGAGAGUAUCACAUGAACUGCUUGAGCCCUCCGUUAGUGUCGGUUCCACCCGGAGAAUGGUUUUGUCCAGACUGCGAGAAGGAACGCGAAAAAGAGCGCGAGAAGGAGCUACAAAAGCGUGCAAAGGCAGAAGCGAUGGACAGCCAGGACUCUGUUGCUACAACGGUGAAUGGACUUGAUAGCACUUUGCCAUUGGCGAAGACCCUGUCCUCAAAGAAGACCAAGAAGCACAAGCACAUCUCCAGGGAUGGAAUAGUGAAGCGUCGACUGUCUUCAGUUUCUCCAGAUAGACCAGGUGGCCCAGUAAAAAAGCCUCGAGGCCAUCGUUCGUCCUCUAGGGAAGUCUCACCCCCACCCAGAAAGGACUCAACUAUGCCUAAAAAGUUGGACGGAAGGAAGAAAAAGCCUUCCCAGCUUUCGAUUUCAAGCAGCAGAGCACAGCUCUUGUCCGAUCCUGACAGCGGCACAGCUGACGACGAGCAGCGGUCGGAGGAAAAGUGUUUGAUUUGUGGCUUUGGAGGAGAGCUGAUCGUUUGCGAGUUCGUUGGCUGCACAAAGGUCUAUCACCAGUUCUGUCUCGGUGCUUAUCCAUUUCCGAAGAAUGAAGAUGCGACGUGGCAUUGCCCCCGACACACGUGUGCGCUGACCGGAGAGAAGGAAACGUGUGAAGAUGGCGAAAAAUUGACGACCAAGCUGAAACAUCCAUCUCCACGAAAACUCAGCGUCAAGAACAUGCUGUGGAAAUGCAACCAGUGCCCACUUGCCAUAUUGGACGGAGCACUGCCGCAGCUACCACAAGGGCAGGUUCUUUCCAAGAAGUCACGGACUUUUCUGUGUUCUAAUUGCUACCUCAACGCGCCGUCUAAAGUCCAGCUUUCCAAACGACUAGAGAAGAUCUGGUCGACGAUAGCCACAAAUCGACAGGGAAUGCCGUUCUGUGGUCCCUUGUUGUGUGGAGUUGAGCCGGUGGAUGGGCAGUCAAACGAAUCUCGGACGCAGUUGGAUUUAUUCAAAGUGCUUGCGCGGAUUCGUCGAUUGGAAUAUGAAGACUCAGCGACUUUUUCGAGAGAUAUCGACGAAGUGGUGGCUAAUGCUCUUGAUCUUAUCGCUAACCGCUCAUAUCCAUUGAUGGAGGCAGCAAAAACACUGAAAAUCAUCCGAAACGAGCAGUUUGGAAUCCAUCAGCAGAAACUGAACUUCUUGGACAGUAAAAUCCGCCGCGUACUCGCUGAUCGCGAGAGUGGGCGGGACAAUGAAGAUGACCUGGCCAUCAAGAGGUGGCCGCUUCGAUGGAGACAGGAGUGUGGUCCCUUUGAAGAUAAGUACUAUCCGCGCUUGGAAGCGAAGUCACUGGAUGAGUGGACAGCUCUCGUUUCAGCAGCGCCUUUAUACGCCAGCGCGGACGAAUUUGACGGUCGAAGUCUUGUUGGAGCAUACAUGAGUGACGAAAUGAGUGCAAGUGAAGAUCCUCCACAGGGGCACUUUGGGUCAACGCGUAGUAGGAGCCCGUCAUUAGGCUCCGCGAACGAGUUGUCCGACCCUCCAGCUGCAACACGGACGGAGUCAGGUCUUACGUUAUCGGAAGGAACAGAUGUGAUGAUUGCUCUGGGUGAUCUGUCUAAGCCAGGGACUGGUAUCCAGAAACGGAGAUUUGGUGGCGAGCAGACGAAAGAAUUGGACAGUAUGGAUGCUCGAGAGUUCUUCCUUUCUCCGUCUACUAGCGAGAUGCAGCACAUGUUCGACCAGCAGUCCACUCUUCUCCGUAGCGCAUUAGAAGCGCACUCCACGUUGCAAAGAUCGUGGCUCAUCAGCCAGCAGGACAUGUUGGGUCUAGGCGGGACUGGUGGAUUCUCUGUGGGCGAAGGCCGACUUGCCGCUGAACUCCGACUAGCAAACAAGAAUUUGAGGCAACGACUGCGAAACAAGGACAAACUCGUUGAUCAACUGACUUCGGAUCACAUGGCGCUACGAGCUGAGGUCAUCAACUUACAGAGAGAACUCUCGCAAAGCAAGUCUCAUGCUCGCGAACUGGAAGAUCGCAUUGCCGUUGUGCAAGGGGCCCUUGAAGGGCGGAUUGUGCCUCACCCCGAGAACCAAGAUCCUGUCACGAAUGGAGAUGCCACUGCCACGCCUGAUCGCAAUACGGACGAGGAGCAUUUAUUCGAGUAG